AUGGUUUCAACUGGAGGCCGCAGUGUGGAGGUCGACCUGACAAAGAGCAGUGGCAACAUCCUGGGUGCCAGUGAGUGGAACACAGGGUACCCUUCUACGGCUGCCGUGUACCCUCCCUAUGGGGCCCUACAGCCGUCGUACUAUAAACCUGAGACUACUACUGUACAUAUACCUACAGUAAUACCAGAUAUUCCGUUGGGGCACUCAGAGUACGGCGGCUACCAAAGCAAUGCAGCGAGUUAUAAAGGCAGCCCCAGCGGUGCAGGUCCUGCUCUCACAGACCUCAACACCACCGCCAUGCCAGCGCAGCGAUACGACCCCACCUAUUACAAUGCCUGGCAGACGAACAACUACAACUACAAUAACUACCAAUAUAACAAUAUAAAUAACAACACGGCUUGCCUACAAUCCCCUGCGCCGUACAUCAAUCCUAACCCGCAAAUGAUCAUGCCUAACCUUUAUUCAACAGUAAACCAGAACCAAAUACAUGUUCAUCUGCACAGUUCCAUAGAUAAACACCAUUUGGAACAGUAUAUUCCGAGUGAAAUUAAAAUUAGCGAUAUUGAUGGUGGAAUAUCGAUAACUGCCGAACUGCAGGGCAGCGCUGAAGGAGCAGGGCUGGUGCAAUCUUGUGAGUCAAACGAGGAAGCCAAGCACGGAUUAUAUGGCUCUGGGAGUCAAGAAGUGUGGCGACCUUAUUGACAGUUCGCUUCUCCUUACGAGGACAAUCAACAUUCCGUUGUACAUAUUGUGAUAUAGAUGUGAAUACUUCAUAAUAUAAUUGUAUAGAAAUAUUAAUGUUAAACAUUAAUUAGAUGUUAUUUGUUAUAAACCUACCUAUUAAAUCAAACAGUAAGAUAUUAAA